AUGUCGAAGAGAGUUGCGGAUUACGACGCUGUCGUCAUCGGUGCAGGCUUUAGUGGUAUUCGGUCUCUCUGGGAACUUGAUCAGCUUGGCCUGACGGUGAAGUGCUUCGAUGCUGCAUCCGAUGUUGGGGGUACGUGGUACUGGAAUCGCUAUCCCGGGUCACGCACCGAUGGCGAGGCAUGGGUAUACAUAUUAAAUUUUGCACCGGACCUGUUGGAGGAAUGGCAGUACCAUGAACGUUACCCGACUCAGGAAGAGAUUCAACGGUACUUGAGUCGUAUCGCUGACCGCUACAACCUACGCAAGUACAUCGAAUUUGAUACCAGAAUCGCGGCCGCAAGUUACAGCGACGCCGAGAAUAUCUGGACCAUCACGACUGAGAAUGGACUGUCCACGACCUGUCGCUACUUCCUACCAGCUACCGGGAUUCUGUCAAUUCCAAAGAAGCCGCCAUUCCCUGGGCUGAGCUCUUACACUGGCGAGUGGUAUCAGGCUUCCAACUGGCCUGCACACGAGGUUGAUUUCCAUGGUAAGCGUAUCGCCAUUAUUGGCACAGGUUCCACGGGAAUCCACCUCCUCCCCAAACUUGCCCCCAUUGCCAAAGACGUGACAGUAUUUCAACGCACGCCAAAUUACGUGCUUCCAGGGCGAAAUCAUUCCAUAGAUGAGUAUCAGGUUGUCGACAUUAAGAAGAACCAUGAAGCCACUUGGGAACUUGCAAAAAUGAACAUUGCUGGUGCGGCAUGCAAGGCAUCAGGGAGAACUGUUAAGAGUGUGGGUGACGCUGACAAGGUCAGACAAAUCCUUGACCAUGGUUGGGAACGUGGCUGUUUCAACUUUCAGCUCGAAACCUUUGAUGAUGCCUUUAUGGACCCGGAAUCUAAUGAGCAAGUCUCCGAAUUCAUCCGUCAAAAGAUUCGAGCCAUUGUUCAAGAUCCAAACAAGGCGGAACUCCUGUGUCCGAAAUAUCCCUUUGGGGCCAGGCGCCCGCCCUCAGGGCACUUUUAUUACGAGGCAUUCAACCGGCCCAACGUUAACCUGGUUGACAUGAGCCGUGACGAGAUUGAUCUCUUCGAGAAAGGAGUCCGUACUAAUUCCGGAGCCGAAUACGAGUUCGACAUGAUCAUUUUCGCUCUUGGAUUCGAUGCCGGGACUGGCGCCAUGAACCAGAUUGACAUCAAAGGCAGCCAAGGAAAAGUGUUGAAGGAAUAUUGGAACGCGGAGAGACUUGGGACAUUUGCUGGAGUCCUUGUCUCCGGGUUCCCCAACAUGUUCAUAGUUUGUGGCCCUCACAUGCCUGCGGGCAACUUGCCAGUUCCACUAGAGCUAUCAGUAAACUGGAUUGGCAAAACUAUUCGUCACAUGGAGGAAAACAGCUUGGCCGUGAUAAACGUGAGGGAGGAUGCUAUGCAUGCAUGGUCUGAUCACCAUGACGGACUUUGGAACUCGGUGUUUAUAUCGCAACCCGCCAAGGAAAACCGCUCCUGGUUCGUUGGCACAAAUAUACCUGGGAAGCCUGCCAACAUCAUGUUCUAUUUUGGUGGCGUCCAGAAUUGGCUCUUGUGGCUCAACAAGGAACUCGAUACGAAUUGGGAGAGCAUGGAGUUCACUCCUCUCUCAGGCACCGACAAGACGGACCAAGAUGCCCCAGGUCAGACUUCCUCGUCAACCACGUCAUCUAUUACGGCCGAGAUGCUCGAAUCGGCCGUUAUGCCACUACAAUCCGACCAAGUUGGCAUGACUGCAGCAGAAAAGUUCAACCUUGGCUCCGCUGCCUGCGCUCGCUACAUCGACUGGGCGGUCAAAGAGAUCCACGAUCGUGGACUGGCCGUGAAGCAAGAUCACCGAGCCUACUGGUGGCAAGUCCUGCAAGAUUUUGUAAAGUCAGAAUCGGGACAGGUCCUCAUUCAACAGGGGCCAAGCACCAAGAGCGAGAUGGACCAGCUGACGUCCAGACUCGGUAUCGAAGGGGAGGCCAUCCACCGGAUUGGGCCGGAGCUUGUUCGAAUGCUGACCGGCCAAACUCAUCCGCUGGCCCUUAUCCUGAGAGACGACCUGCUGUUCCGAAUGUACCAUUCCGAUGAAGGGGCGCGACCCAACCAAUACAUGGCUGAUUAUGCAAAAUUUCUAUGCAGCAAGAAAAAGGACUUGAGAAUCUUGGAGAUUGGCGCUGGCACGGGAGGCACAACGCUCAAAGUGCUCCAAGCAUGCAGUCCCGAUGGGGAAUUCUUCUGCUCCGAGUACAUGUACACCGACAUCUCUCCCGGUUUCUUCAAGACUAGCCAAACGACCUUGAAGAAGUGGGAGCGUGUGCUCAAGUUCCAAACUCUCAAUGUUGAAAACGAUGCAGCGAAACAGGGAUUUGAAGAGCAUGCCUACGAUUUGAUCAUUGCCGCGAAUGUUGUCCAUGCCACGCAGUCUCUGACCCGUUCACUGGGAACCAUUCACAAGUUGCUGAAACCUGGUGGUAAGCUCGGCCUUGUAGAGCUAACUCGGUUAACUCCUUACUUCAACAUGGCUUUUGGCUCGCUUUCGGGCUGGUGGGCCGGUGUCGGUGAGGGCAGAACAGAAAGUCCGUUGCAGUCUCCUGAGCAAUGGGGUCAACAUCUCAAAAGUGCCGGGUUCUCCGGCGUUGAUCUUGCAGCCUAUGAUCUCCCGGAACCUGAAAGCCAUAGUGCAUUAUUGGUAUCGACCGCCCUCGCGGUGGAUGUGGCGACCAAUGGGUACUAG